AGAGAAAAUUCCUCUCUGAUAGUAUUUAAAUAUUGCUUGCCGAUGCGCGCGCUUGUCGGAUCUAAUGAUUUACACCAAGCUAUAUGUUACAUCUGCAACUACCAUUAACGUCUGCUGGAAUCAUUCGUGUUAUAGAUAUGUCGAUGAAUAUUGUUACCUCACGAAAGAUGUCUUUUGGUAUUAACGGAAAAUUAAAUGGUAUAGAAAGCAAAACACCUUUUCUAAUUGGAGUUUCAGGCGGCACUGCCAGUGGAAAAUCAACCGUGUGCAAACGUAUAAUGGAAAAACUAGGGCAAGUAGACAUGGAUCACAUGCAACGACAAGUAGUUUGUAUUUCACAAGAUAGUUUUUAUCGAGAUUUAUCGUCAGCCGAAAAACUUAAAGCAGAAAAAGGUCAAUAUAAUUUCGAUCACCCUGACGCAUUUGAUAAUGAUUUGAUACUUCAAACAUUACAAGACAUACUAGCUGGAGUAAAAUGUGAAAUACCAGCCUAUGAUUAUAGAACGAACAGUUUAGUGAAAGAUCAAAUCACAACAAUUUAUCCUGCUGAUGUGGUUCUGUUUGAAGGUAUUUUAGUGUUUUAUUUCCCUAAAAUACGAGACUUAUUUCAUAUGAAACUAUUUGUGGAUACUGAUUCAGAUACUAGAUUAGCUAGAAGAGUACCAAGAGACAUAAAAGAAAGAGGAAGGGAUUUAGAUUAUGUAUUGAAUCAAUAUAUGAAUUUUGUGAAACCUGCAUUUGAAGAGUUUUGUCUUCCCACUAAAAAAUUUGCUGAUGUUAUUAUACCAAGAGGUGCAGACAAUACAGUGGCAAUAGACCUUAUAGUGCACCACAUCUGGGACAUUUUGCGUUUGAAAAAGGCUGAAAACUCAUCCAGACAGCAUCCAUACAUCUACCAACAUAGGCGUACUUCGACUUCAUCCGACACGUUCAGCAGAUGAUUUUAGCAUGAUAUGCGCACUUAUAACCACUACACUUUUAUACACCAUACAUUGAUCUAGGAUCAAGCUUGCAGUAAUCUUAAGACUUUUUUUUUAAUACAUAUGUCUCUUAUAUACUUAUACAGCUGUAUUUGUAUUACAUUUAUACUAAGCAGCAAACAAUAUUGCUUCUAGUAUGUGUGCAUCUAUUAAACCCUUAAAUGGGAAAAAUUAAUUUUUCACUGUUCCUAAAACUUGGACAUAAUGCAUGAUUAUACAAAGUACCUCGUCCAAACACUAUAAUUCCAUUAUUGCAUAAUUAUUCAACUUUACAUAUAAGAUUGAUCUAUGUUAUAUAAAAAGAUUUAAGUAUUAAUUUAUAUAUAUAAGAACCUUUAUAAAUAUACAUGUAUGUACAUAUAUACAUUUAUGCAUGUAUGGGUUCCAAAAAAUUUAGAUUUUUUUAUAUAUUAUUAUUCCAUAAUCAAUUGAAUGUUUUAUGCAUCAGUAUAGUAAUAUAAAUCGAUAAAAUAUUUUACAUAUAAUAAUUUCAGCGAUUAUAAAAUACAAUAUUAGCAUAAUUCUUUAAAAUGUGAUAUUUUUAAUUUAAAUUAGUACAUUAUUCACAUACUGCCAUAUUCAGAAACAUUUAAUUAUAUUAUUCAGUGUGGUACUAAUUCUUUUAUUCUGUAUUCUGAUUUUUUAAACGCUCAAAUAAUUUUGAAAUUGUUAUUAUUAUACAAGAUAAUUACAAUUUGAAUUAUGUAAUUUGAUAUAUUGUUUGUCUAAACUGUAUAAAAAAAUAAUAAAGAAAUCAAGUUCCCCAUUAUUACAAAAUUA